AUGACAUUUCAACCUGUUAAUCUUAAACUUAUUUUCGUUUUUUUUUGUUUCUCUCGUUUACAGUACAGCCUCAGGCAGCUGGACCUAUCGCUGCUAUCCCAACUGUGGUCUCUGAACGAGUCCAUCCAGGAUUUCAGGGUGAUUCUGCAGGAGCAGGACGAGAGGAGCAUCCUUUCACCGCCGUCGCCCUCGCCCACGCCUUCCUCCGACGAAGGCGAAGCGGAUGAGUUCUACGCUCCUUCGCCGAUGCUCUUCAGGCCAGCGCCUCCUCCACCUCCAGAUCGUAGAAGACCGAGCAACAGCUCUUCGGGCACCGGCUCUAGCGUCUAGAGUUAUACAGUUCCCAUUUACCUAUUCCAAAAUCUUUCUUUGUAGGUGACCUGGAUGGCGAUUAGUAGGCAAACCAUCAUUCCAAUGUUAUAAAGUAAAACGGACGAUGUCGCGUUGUUUAGUGUGUGUGUGUUUGUGCGUGGGAGGAAGGAUGUGUGAUGUGAAUUUUAAAUUUAGAUUAAUAUUAUUAAUGUCUCAUAAAAAAAAGUGAGUGAAUCUAUUUUCAAUCCUUUUCCUUUAGCAGAAAGUUCUCUUUAUUUCUCUCGUUUUUUUAUUGUUUUUUUUUUGUGAUAUAUUUAAAUAUUAUCUACGUUUAUAACUACUGUUAAUAGGGUACAAAAUAGUAUUUACUCGAUCUUCUGUCUCUAAUCACGCUAUAAUAAUUUGUACUAUAUUAAUGAACAUAUUACUUACCUGUGUCUGUUUUAGGAGGAAAUUUAGUCAAAUAACUUUCAACGUGAAAGUGAUUAUUGUCGACUGAUUGAUUAAUGAAAUAUCUUAUAUGAAAUGAAAAAAAAAAGAAAUGCAACA